ACCACAACAACUAAGUAAAGAGAAAAUGGCUCGGCUCUCAUCUCUUCUCUCUUUUUCCUUAGCACUUUUGAUCUUUCUCCAUGGCUCUACAGCUCAACAGUUUCCUAACGAGUGUCAGCUAGACCAGCUCAAUGCACUGGAGCCGUCACACGUACUUAAGGCUGAGGCUGGUCGCAUCGAGGUGUGGGACCACCACGCUCCUCAGCUACGUUGCUCUGGUGUCUCCUUUGUACGUUACAUCAUCGAGUCUAAGGGUCUCUACUUGCCCUCUUUCUUUAGCACCGCGAAGCUCUCCUUCGUGGCUAAAGGACAAGGUCUUAUGGGGAGAGUGGUCCCUGGAUGCGCCGAGACAUUCCAGGACUCAUCAGUGUUCCAACCAGGCGGUGGUAGCCCCUUCGGAGAAGGUCAGGGCCAGGGACAACAAGGUCAGGGCCAAGGCCACCAGGGUCAAGGCCAGGGACAACAGGGCCAACAAGGUCAGCAAGGACAACAGAGUCAAGGCCAGGGCUUCCGUGAUAUGCACCAGAAAGUGGAGCACAUAAGGACUGGGGACACCAUCGCUACACAUCCCGGUGUAGCCCAAUGGUUCUACAACGAUGGAAACCAACCACUUGUCAUCGUUUCCGUCCUCGAUUUAGCCAGCCACCAGAACCAGCUCGACCGCAACCCAAGGCCAUUUUACUUAGCCGGAAACAACCCACAAGGCCAAGUAUGGAUAGAAGGACGCGAGCAACAGCCACAAAAGAACAUCCUUAAUGGCUUCACACCAGAGGUUCUUGCUAAAGCUUUCAAGAUCGAUGUUAGGACAGCGCAACAACUUCAGAACCAGCAAGACAACCGUGGAAACAUUAUCCGAGUCCAAGGCCCAUUCAGUGUCAUUAGGCCGCCUUUGAGGAGUCAGAGACCGCAGGAGGAAGUUAACGGUUUAGAAGAGACCAUAUGCAGCGCGAGGUGCACCGAUAACCUCGAUGACCCAUCUAAUGCUGACGUAUACAAGCCACAGCUCGGUUACAUCAGCACUCUGAACAGCUAUGAUCUCCCCAUCCUUCGCUUCCUUCGUCUCUCAGCCCUCCGUGGAUCUAUCCGUCAAAACGCGAUGGUGCUUCCACAGUGGAACGCAAACGCAAACGCGGUUCUCUACGUGACAGACGGGGAAGCCCAUGUGCAGGUGGUUAACGACAACGGUGACAGAGUGUUCGACGGACAAGUCUCUCAAGGACAGCUACUUUCCAUACCACAAGGUUUCUCCGUGGUGAAACGCGCAACAAGCGAACAGUUCCGGUGGAUCGAGUUCAAGACAAACGCAAACGCACAGAUCAACACACUUGCUGGACGAACCUCGGUCUUGAGAGGUUUACCAUUAGAGGUCAUAUCCAAUGGGUACCAAAUCUCACUCGAAGAAGCAAGAAGGGUUAAGUUCAACACGAUCGAGACCACUUUGACGCACAGCAGUGGCCCAGCUAGCUACGGAGGGCCAAGGAAGGCUGAUGCUUAAGAGCUUACCCAGUGAACCUCUACUGUAAAAGGAAGUUAAAUAGUAAUAAAAAGAGUAAUAAUAAUGUACGCAAAUGUGACUGGUUUUGUAGAGGUUUUAGAAUGUUACUCCUUUUCUGAAUAAAAUAACUCUUUUCUAUCUAAA